UUUCCGCUUCCGGGUGGUACUCUCCGUGGCGCGUUCUGAAGCACAGUGGUUGCUAUGGAGGUACUGGGCGAGUACGUCGGGUUGGACGGGCAGCGGCAGCAACUACGGGUGCCCUGUGAGGCGCCGGGCGACGCCGACCCUUUCCGGGGCCUAUUGUCCGGCGUGGCCCAGAUGAGAGAGCUAGUGGCCGAUCUCUUGGGCCCCCUGGAACAGCGGGAAGCGAGGAACAGGGUGGCGGCGGCUCCAGACGAGGCCUUGGACGGUGAUGAUGAAGAUGAUGCAGAAGGUGAAAAUAACAUUGAUAACAGAACUAAUUCAGAUGGACCAUCUGCAAAACGGCCCAAACCACCAUCUUAACAGUAGCUUUUACAAGUGUUAACAGAUUGCUGCCAGCUCACUUCAGCAGCGUGUACCCUGGAUUGGAACAGUGGGAAGAGAUUGGCCUGGCCCCUGCGCACACAAAUGCGUGAAGUGUUCCCAAAAAAAGAUAGCAACUCUAUCUUAGUUAUCACUGGCAUUUAAGAAAGACUUUUAUUCUCAUUUGUUUUAUUUCCCUGGUACACUUUUGUUAAAGAAAAGCAAACUUUAUUCUGUUUCCAGCCAAGAAAGAUACAGUAAAUGUUUAGAAAUCAAUCUGUUUUCUUGGAUAAGAAAUUUCAGACCAUGGAAAUGUACUUUAUAAUGUAUAAAAUCUUCUAAGUUGGCAACUGAGUUUGUGUUAUUUUCUACUUUUAAAAUGACCAUUGAAUUAAUUUGUGUGAUGUCUACAUCUUUUAACUUCAAUUUCUGUUAUAAAAAGUAAUGUCGUGGUUCGUGGUCAAAAAUAUUUCAAAGAACUGACAUGAGCAAGUGAUGAAAUUGGGUAGUGAGUAAAGAAUGGCAGUCUGUUUCAUAGGAGUGUACACUUGAAACCUAUAUAAUUAACCAGUGUCACCUCAGUAAAUUUAAAUUGUUAAAAAAUGGCAGUUUAAGUAGAAGGAAAACUGGAAUAGAGAGAACUACUGAAGGAAGAUAAAGGGCUGUUGAAAGAAACCCAAGGCAACCUCGAGUUCAUGCUCACACCCAGUAUCCAGACGUCCAGAGAUGAUACGACUCUGAACACGCAGGCGGGCCAGCCAUCGGUUGACAGUUACGAGUGCACAAAGCUGAGUUUAUUCUUGUAUUGUUAUUUGUUAAUUGUAUUUUUCAUACAUAUAACACUAAACCUAUUUUUGCCCCA